AUGAACCAGCACAUCAUCCGCCACUCCCUCAACUUGCGCAGCUGCCACACGCGGCACAUGGACGAGGUUGAGGCCGCGAUGCACAUGGUGCGCCCCGGCCCCGGCGCCAAGCGGUGGAGCGCCGAGUUCGACCGGCUCAUGGUGCCGCGGAUGAAGGACGCGCUGCAGGGAAGAUUCAGGGAGCUGGGGAAGGCGGGGGUGUGGCGGUAUGAUGAGGAUGGUGAGGUGGUGUAUGAGGAGUGGGCGAAGGCGUUUGUGAAGGAGGAGUGGGAUGGGGUCAGUUUUUCGAAGGAGGAUGCGGAGCGGUUGUUGGCGCUGGAUGAGAAGGAGGUUGAGAGUGGGAGUGAGAGUGAGAGUGAGAGUGAGAGUGAGAGUAGGGAUGAUGAGGAUGAGGAUGAGAGGGGUACGGUGCGCCCGGAGGACUCGGUCUCGAAUGUUUUCAUCCUCACCCCACCGCCUACCCCGAUCCGAUCGCGAGUUGCGCACCGCGCGCAGCUGCCCCCCGUCGCAGAGGAGGAGGAGGAGCAGGAUGAUGCUGCUGCGGAGCUUGACGCCCUCUCGUUCGCCGACCUCCGCAACCUCAUGCUCGAAGCAGCCGGCAACCUGUUCGAUUUCAAGGUGCACCUCGACUUCCUCGACCACGGCGUCGCGCAUGCCGGCGCAGAAGAGCGGGUGGAGGCCGAGACGAUGCGCGAUCGGUGCCUAGAGGAGCUGCGGGUGCUGGAGGGCGCGCUGGACCGUGCCGCAGUGCGGGAGAUGGGGAUCCGGGAGGUGGGCGUGGCGAAGGCGCCGCUGAUGGGUGCUAUUUGGGAGCGGCUGCUUGGAGGGGUAGUGCGCGAUGCAAAUUGA